UGCGAGUCAAGGGUUGAUUUCAGCUCGACCCCGCCCACCCCGGUUCUGAGCAGUUUUGACGCUUCUGUUGUCCCCAUUACUGGCCAUUCGAAUCCGAGUGUGCAAGUUAGUCGGUUCGGCUAAGUCGUGGCACUUUUCUUUCUUGUUGUCCUCCAGUUGCACUUGCAAACAUGUCGCUUAGCGAGUCUCUCGUGGGACUGCUGCCGUACUGUUCGCUGCAGCACUCACUCGCACUGCUUUGCCUGGUCGCCGUCGUCUACAAGCUCGCCGUGCUCCUCAUUCAAAGGAGGGAUGCUUUGCGGAACUUCGAGGCGUUCACCGGACCGCCGGGGAACUGGUUCUUUGGGCAUGUCCUGCAAUUCAAACAAGAUGGGACGGACUUGGACAAGAUGGUCAAAUGGGGCGAGCAGUACCCCUACGCGUUCCCCCUGUGGUUCGGCCCUUGCGUCUGUUUCAUAAACAUCCACCAUCCAGAUUACGUGAAAAGUAUCGUGACGACAACAGAGCCAAAAGAUGAUUUUGCAUAUGAAUUCCUCAAGAGCUGGAUUGGCGACGGCUUGCUGGUGUCCGACGGUCAGAAAUGGUUCCGCCACAGAAGGCUCCUAACGCCGGGUUUCCAUUACGACGUGCUGAAAUCGUACACCAAACUGAUGUUGGAAUCUGUUCAAAUCAUGUUGGUCAAAUGGGAGCAGUACGCGAGCAGCGGCGAGCCUUUUGAGCUGUUUGAACACGUUAGCCUGAUGACGCUGGACACCAUCAUGAAGUGCGCAUUCAGCUACGACAGCAAGUGUCAGACCGAGAGCCGAACAAACGAGUACAUUAAAUCAGUGUACGAGCUGACUGACUUGGUCAACCUCCGCUUCCGGACCUUCCCGUACCACAACGACCUUAUCUUCUAUCUCAGCCCGCACGGCUUCAGGCAUAGGAGGGCUUGCAAGGUGGCUCACAGUCACACCGAGGAAGUCAUCCGCAAGAGAAAAAAAGCCCUGGAGGAAGAGACGGAUUCUGAACGUGUCCAGGGAAGAAGGACCUUGGACUUUUUGGACAUUCUUCUCUUAGCAAGAGACGAGAAUCAGCAGGGGCUUUCGGACGAAGACAUCCGGGCCGAGGUGGACACCUUCAUGUUUGAGGGCCACGACACCACCGCCAGCGCCAUCUCCUUCAUCCUCCACACGCUGGCCUGCCACCCGCAACACCAGAACAUGUGCCGCCAGGAGAUCACCCGGGUCCUGGACGGCAAAGACGCCUUGCAAUGGGAGGAUCUGACCAAAAUGACCUACACCACCAUGUGCAUCAAAGAAUCGAUGCGGCUCUUCCCGCCGGUGCCGGGAAUAGCCCGAAAACUCACCAAAGCCAUCACCUUCGUAGAUGGACGGACCAUGCCGGCAGGUUCUCUCAUUGGGACAAGCGUGUAUGCGCUCCACAGGAAUGCCACAGUCUGGGAAAACCCAAAUGUGUUUAACCCACUUCGCUUCUUGCCGGAGAAUGUUUCCAAAAGGUCGCCGCAUGCUUUCGUGCCCUUCUCUGCCGGGCCCAGGAACUGCAUCGGUCAGAACUUUGCCAUGAACGAGAUGAAAGUGGCGGUGGCCUCGGUUCUGAGAAGGUACCAGCUGAUCGAGGACCCCGCCAGGAAGCCCAAGAUAAUCCCUCGAAUAGUGCUGCGCUCACUCAACGGCAUCCACAUAAGGAUCAGAGCUCUGGACGCCUGAACACCUUACGUCAACCAUCUUUUAGCCACCAUUUGGUUUUAAUGAGUAUGAUCGAAAACCUUCAUUUGUAAUAAAAGCAAAAUGUGAAAACACUAA